AUGCUUGGAUAUGUUGAAUAUUUGUCCAACAACACGUUCGUUACUGCACUUACCUAUGCAACUAGCAAUGGUCCAAACUCAGUGGCAGUCGUCGAUGUCAACAAUGACAACAAACCCGAUAUAGUCACCGCUAACUCUGAUGCAAAUACUGUCGGUGUUCUUCUUAAUACAGGUACUGGGACAUUUUCUGCUCAAACUACUUAUGCAACUGGCAACAUUCCAAUCUCAGUGGCAGUCGUCGAUGUCAAUAAUGAUAACAAUCCCGAUAUAGUCACCGCUAACUAUGGUGCAAAUAAUGUCGGUGUUCUUCUUAAUACAGGUACGGGGACAUUUUCUGCUCAAACUACUUAUGCAAUUGGCACCAAUCCAUACUCAGUAGCAGUCGUCGAUGUCAAUAAUGAUAACAAACCCGAUAUAGUCACCGCUAACUAUGCUGCAAAUACUGUCAGUGUUCUCCUUAAUACAGGUACAGGGACAUUUUCUGCUCAAACUACUUAUACAACUGGCACCAAUCCAUUCUCAGUAGCAGUCGUCGAUGUCAAUAAUGACAACAAUCCCGAUAUAGUCACCGCUAACUAUGGUGCAAAUACUGUCAGUGUUCUUCUUAAUACAGGUACGGGGACAUUUUCUGCUCAAACUACUUAUACUACUGGCAGCAGUCCAUUUUCAGUAGCAGUCGUCGAUGUCAAUAAUGACAACAAACCCGAUAUAGUCACCGCUAACUCUGGUGCAAAUACUGUCAGUGUUCUUUUUAAUAGAGGCAAUGGGACAUUUUCUGCUCAAACUACUUAUGCAACUGGCACUCAACCACGAUCAGUGGCAGUCGUCGAUGUCAAUAAUGACACCAAACCCGAUAUAGUCACCGCUAACUCUGGUGCAAAUACUGUCAGCGUUCUUCUUAAUACAGGUACGGGGACAUUUUCUGCUCAAACUACUUAUACAACUGGCACCAGCCCAUACUCAGUAGCAGUCGUCGAUGUCAAUAAUGAUUACAAACCCGAUACAGUCACCGCUAACGCUGGUGCAAGCGGUGUCGGGGUUAACGUACAGUGCUAA